CCAAAGGAGGAGGUUGAUAGAGCCGCUAAUAAUGUGUGGCUUUGUGAUCGAUGAAACUAAAUUAUUUAUCCAUAUUCAGAUCUCCAUGGAGAACGACAUCAUGGGGGAAAUUGGGGGCAAAACCGACCAAUGCUCCCAUGAUUCUCAAUGUGCAACUCACUCAUGGAGACAUGCCAUUCGAAGAUCCGAAAAGAUAUAGAAGAUUAGUUGUAAAGCUUAAUUAUGUCGCGGUUAUCCAUCCAUAUACUGUGUACUCGGUGAGCGUAGUGAGUCAAUAUAUGUUAUCUCCAACAGUUGAUCAUUGGAAUGUUGUAGAGCAUAUAUUCUGUUACUUGAAGGUGACACCAGGAUGAGGUAUUGUUUAUCAAAAUCAUAAUCACAUGAGAAUAGAAUGCUUUGCAGAUGCUGAUUGGGUUGGAUCUAAAGAUGAUAGAAGAUCUACAUCUAGCUAUUGGGUCUUUGUUGGUGGUAAUUUCGUCUCCUAGAAAAGUAAGAAGCAGGAUGUGAUUUCUUGUUCGAGUGCUAAAUCAGAAUAUCGACUUAUCGAGCUACACCAAAUCGGCAUGUGAGAUAAUAUGGAUAAACCAUUUAAUUUAUUGAUCCAAUUGAAUUGAAAAAACCAAUGCCUGCUAAAAUGAUGGUGUGAUAACCAAGCUGCUAUACACAUUGCCA